CGAGCUCGCUUUCUCUCUCGACGACCUCCCCUCGCUGCUCGUCUGCCCUCAAAAUGGCCGAAUACGACCUCUCAAAAACAAUCAUCCCGCACUGCGAUCGGCACCUCGUCUUCCCUCUCCUCGCCCAUCUCGCGGAGAGCGAGACGUUCCCGGUCGAGCAAGUCCAGACGGCCCAGUAUGAGCUCGCGAAGGAGACGAACAUGGUCGACUACGCCGUUAGUCUCUUCCAGCAGCUCUACCCGGACGAGGAGGUCCCUGCAGAGUUUGCCGCAAAGCGUGAAAGCGCGGUCUCCACGAACGAGCGUCUUCAGCAGGAAGCGCAGGCCGUGCUCGAUGUCAUCGAAAACCCCGAGGUCGCCCAGGCACUCCGCCAGGACAAGAACCAGAACUUGCAGUUCCUCCGCGAACACUACAAUGUAACGCUCGAACAAAUCGCCGCCCUCUACAACUUCGGCAAGUUCCAAUACUCGUACGGAAACUACAGCGGCGCGGCCGACUACCUCUACCAUUUCCGUGUCCUCUCUACCGACCCCGAUCUCACCAUCUCCGCCCACUGGGGCAAGCUCGCGUGCGACAUUCUCACCGGCAAGUGGGACGUUGCCCUCGAAGAGCUCAACUCCCUGCGCGAGGCUAUUGACUCGCGCGCACCCUCUGCGCCCCCCUCCACACCCUCAUCAUCUGCCACCGCCGACCCCGCGCUCGCCCAGCUGCACUCCCGCACCUGGCUCCUCCACUGGUCCCUGUUUGUGUACUUCAACCAUCCCCAAGGCCGCACCCUCCUCCUCGAGACCUUCCUCUCGCCCACCUACCUUAACACCAUCCAGACUUCCUCACCGUGGAUCCUCCGCUACCUCGCCACCGCCGCCGUGCUCUCGCGUAAAUCCGCAUCCGGCGCGCUCUCCUCGCGCGUCCGCCACUCCAUCCGCGAGAUCGUCAAGGUCAUCCAGAUGGAGGAGUACCAGUAUCAGGAUCCCGUCACCCAGUUCCUCAAGGAGCUCUACGUCGACUUCGACUUCGAGGCCGCGCAGAAGGAGCUCAGCAAGGCGGAGACCGUUGUCGCGAACGACUUUUUCCUCGGCGAGUUCCGCGAGGAGUUCAUGGACAAUGCCCGGUACCUCAUCAGCGAGGCGUACUGCCGGAUACACCAGCGUAUCGACAUCGCCGACCUGUCUGAGCGGCUCAACCUCUCGCGCGACGAGGGUGAGAAGUGGAUCGUCAACCUCAUCCGCGAAACCCGCAUGGGCGCGGAUGCAAAGAUCGAUCUUGAAAAGAACGUCAUCGAGAUUCACCGCCCACCGUUGCCGAUAUACCAGACGGUAAUCGAGAAGACCCGUGGGCUCGCGUUCCGUACGCAGGCACUUGGCGCGGCUAUGUCGCGGUCACAGCAGGCUCCGGGGGCGCAGGAGGCCGCGCAGCCAACGGUUGUCGAGGCGCAGUAGUAGAGUCGGUAUGAUAUCUGUAUCUUGUAGUGUUCAUGCUAUGUUGUGUGUGCUGUGUAACAUGUUUGCAAGAAGCUGCAUGGGCUGUGCGACUUGUGAGUGUGAC